UCUUCCUUUCAUUUAUCUAAAAUAUUCAUUCAUCAUAUACAGAAUACAAUUAAGAAAUGCUCAUCUCGUUCUGCCAUUGUCGUUCAAUCGGUGUGAUGCGUAUUAUGACGUUGGCUUGAAUCAGCUGUCUAAUCUUCGGCAUACUUCGUCAUCGCAUUAUUAUCCGUAUACCACUUGUCACGGCUGCGAAUAAAUGAAACCAGUCGAUUUGUUUUCUUACUAACGUAAAAAUAAGUGGUAGUAAUUCAUUUACGUGGAAAAGAUUCAUAAAAUUCUAUAAAAUGGAGCGGGCUCUUGAAAAAAUGAUGGAAGACAUAACCAAUGCUGAAGGUGUCACAGGCUGUGUCUUUGCAGAUCAAGCCGGUCUUUGCCUGGGAGUCAAAGGAACUGCAUCUGCUGACAGCGCUGGAUUAAUAGCAGCCAUCGCGGAUCAAGCCAGCAAACUUCAGCCUGGAUCGGAAGCUCCUACAAUUUGUUUGGAAAGUGACACGAGACAAUGCCUGAUACGGCGUGAAGGGCCAAUGAUCGGGGCCGUUUACAAAAAUCCCACCCACUGAAAACUCGAGCAUCUCUGGCGUAAGCGCGACAAAAAUCGACGUUUUUAUUUUUUUGUAUAAACAAAUAUCCUGCUGAAUUAUUUAUCGAAUGAAAAAUCGAAUCGUAAUUCUUGGCAAAACACUCAUAAUUAUGAAGACGACAUCUUCAUGGACCACGAGUAAGUGAUAAGGAAAAACUGAUAAAAUUGUGCAAAUUUAUGAAAUAAAGUUACGAUAUGAUAGUCAA